AUGAAGCAACAUCUUGCUGGUGUGAGUGGUCAAGUAGCUUCUUGUAAGAAAGUUCCUCAUGAUGUACAUCACAGGAUGGUUGAGUCUUUGAAAGUCCCUGAGAGAAGUGCCAAUAAGAGGCAAGCUUCUACUGCUUUAGUUGAAAAUUAUUUUGCCCUUAGGACAACUCCUGGUUCCCAACCUAGCAUCAUGAGUGUGCUUGCAACAAAAGAAGCACAAUACAAUGCAAAAAUGACUAUUGCUGAAUGGGCUAUCAUUGGAAAAAAGGAAUGUCAAUUACUUAUUGAGAGUCAUCGAGCUAAAUGGAAAAACACUGGAUGUACACUCAUGGCUGAUGGUUGGACAGAUGUGAGGCAGCGAACUUUAAUUAAUUUCUUAGUCUAUUCUACAUAUGGAAUGGUUUUUGUGAAAUCUGUUGAUGCUUCAAAUUUGGUAAAAGAUGCUAGGACUUUGUUCUCGUUGUUCUGUGAAGUGAUUGAGUGGGUUGGUCCCAAGAACAUUAUUCACAUGGUGACUAAUAAUGCUGCAAAUUAUGUAGCAUGUGGCAAGUUGAUUAAGGAAAAAUAUAAAAACAUUUAUUGGUCACCUUGUGCUGCACAUUGUUUGAACCUUACUUUAAAAGAUAUAGCAAGCUUAGACAAUGUGUCAGCACUUGCCAAUAAGGCAUCAAAGAUAACUAUUUUUAUUUAUAAUCAUAUGAUCUUCUUGUCAUGGCUUAGGAAAAGACUAGGUUGGAAAGAAAUUGUGUGUCCUGGUGCAACAAGAUUUGCUACUACAUUUAUCACGUUGCAUAGCAUAUAUAUGCAUAAGCAUGACUUGCAAGCUUUGGUGACUGAUAAGCACUUUGUAGAUCACAAAUUGUCAAAGACUCAAGCUAGAAUAAUUGUUACUACCAUCAUAUUAGAUAAUGGCUUUUGGGGUGAUUGCUUAGAAAUUGUGAAGGUUGUGUCUCCUCUUAUAAAGUUGUUGAGAAUUGUGAAUUUAGAUGAGAAGCCUUCUUUGCCUUCUGUUUAUGAAGGCAUGCAAAGGGCAAAAAAGGCAAUCAAGGCAACAUUCAAUAAUAAGAAAGAUUAUUACAAGCCUUACAAAAACAUUAUUCAAGCUCGAUGGGAUAAGCACUUUAAGACAAAUCUUCAUGCAGCGGCGUAUUUGUUGAAUCCUGCAUUCUUGUAUGAUGAGAACUUUAUUCACAAGAGAAGGUUAAUGGAUGCAAUGCUUGACGUGUUUGAGUCUAAUGAAAGUGAAGAAAUUGAUUAUAUUGUGAUGAUGAAGCAGUUGAGUUUGUAUCGUGAUCAUAAAAGUCUUUUAACAAAACUUCAUAUGAAUGGUGGUCAUUUUAUGGAGGUUCUGUUCCAGAAUUGCAAACUCUUGCAAUACGCAUUCUUAGCCAAACUUCUUCUUCUUCUGGCUGUGAAAGAAAUUGGAGUUUGUUUGAACGCAUCCAUACCAAAAGACGAAAUAGAUUACAACAUUAAAGAUUGA